AUGAAUAAAAAAGGUUAAUCCAGAUUGCGCAUUUCAGUAAAAAUAUUGUAUUUUGUUGGAAGCUUGUUCUAUUUACAUACAAUUUGCAUUUAAUGUACACAUGUAAUAGGACUUUGUCUGCAGUCUGAUAUUUCAGUAUCACACUACAUCUACAGGACUGAAAUAAUGGCUUCGUUAGUAGAUAUUCCUAUUGACUAUCAACAAAGUUUAAUUGAAUUUUCGACAUCUUUGUAUCAAGGAUUAAACAAGCAAGAGAGUUUAUGUAUGUCACCGUAUAGUAUCACAGCAGCGUUUCUACUGUUGAUGGUUGGGGCAAGCGGACGAUCAAAACAACAAAUUUCAUCUGCUCUUUUUCAAAAUAGUGUAUUUUCAGAGGAGGAAAAGUUGAGAUAUCACAAGUCCCUAAACAGCUACAUAAUUCAACAAGCUGGUGUAAAUGUAAGUUUGGCUAGUGCAAAUAGGCUUUUUGUAAAUAACCAAUUCACAGUAUUGCAGAAUGUCCGAGAAAAAGCAAAACAAUACUUUGGAGCUGAUAUCAGCUUAAAAGAUUUUACAACACCCAAGGCAUCUGCAAUGAUCAUGAACAGAUGGGUGUCAAAACAUACAAACGGCAAAAUAAAGGAUUUGAUCAAGGAGGAAUGGAUAGAUUCAGAUAUGGUAAUGUUCAUUGUAAAUGCAAUAUAUUUUAAAGCAACAUGGGAGAAACAAUUUUCACCGAAAAACACAAGAAAAGGAAAGUUUUACCUCCCUUUCAAAAAAACAAUUGAAGUUGACAUGAUGAACAUACGAACAGCUGUUCCAUAUUUUAAAGGACAAGACUUAACCGCGAUUGCGUUACCAUUCACUGGAGGAAACUUCGAUAUGGUAUUCAUUUUACCAGAUGAAAACGUGGGACUACAGAAUAUUGAGACUAAAAUUACACCGAAAUUCCUAAAAACGAUUUCCUCUGGAUUUAAAAACAGAUUCAAUAGUAUCACCAUCCCAAAGUUUAAAUUACAGUCUGAGUUUGAUCUAAAAGUAGAAUUACCAAAACUUGGAGUUACAGAAAUAUUUGACGAGUUGAAGGCUAACUUCACGAAUCUUAUUGUUGAGAAGACACCCAAUUUAUUCGUCAAGGUUGCUGUUCAUAAAGCCGUCUUCAACUUGAACGAAGCAGGAGUGGAGGGAGCAGCUGGCACAGUCUUUGGAGUAGGUUUUAAAAGUGGUGGAGGCUUAGAAUUUACAGCCAAUAGACCAUUUUUGUUUUACGUCAGAGAUGUCAAAUCUGGUCUCAUCUUGUUUAUUGGUCGAUUUCAUCCACAAGUCAACGCUGGAUAAUUACUAUCAACAAAACAAUAAUAAUUCUCUGAUUAAUUGUUCAUUAACAAAUUCAUGUGCAGAUCACAUCUUCACUGUUAAAAUUUGCUAUUAAAGCUAUUUAGACAUCUCA